AAAAGUUUAGGAUUAAUUUCUUGGUGCUAUGAAAUCUUUAGAAUAUAUGGGAGAUAUGGAUGACAGGAUUAGCAAUUUUCCGGAUGAAAUCCUCGGUCACAUUAUCUCAUUUCUCCCAACUGAAGAUGCCUAUGAGACUCGUAUACUUUCUAAGAGAUGGUAUCCACUUUGGUUCUUAUAUCCUAGUCCCAAUCUUGACUACGAUUAUUCGCGGUUUAUAAAAAAUGGCAAAAAUGGUUCUGACUUUAAAUUUAUGGUAUAUGAUACCAUUUUUAUGCGAAGUGAGCAUCAACCUAUCAAAAGCUUUCGCCUUAGAUAUGUUGAUAAUGUUAUAUACACAGUGGUUGCCAUGGAGUGGUUAACCAAAGCAGCAGAACAAGGCAUGGAGUACUUAGACAUUCAUUUUUGUGAUAUGAAUAUCUUUAAUUGUAUGCUUUCUGUUUUUAGUUUUCGAAACCUUGUUGUUAUCAAGUUGAAAGAAGUUCGCGUCGUGGUGUGGUCAUCUGCUGUUGACCUUCCCUCGCUUAGAAUUUUACAUUUGAACAAAGUCCAUUUCGAUGAUCGAAUGGAUCUUUUUUAUGUUCUUAAUGGUUGUCCAAUUCUUGAGGAUUUGGAAGCGAAAAAUACAUCUCUAUUAUUUGGUUGGUUAUACGAUUUUGAAGAGUUUAAAGACUUUAAUAAUUUGGUUAGGGCAGACAUUACGCAAUUUUCAGAUGACGAAGUUCCUCUGAAAGCCUUUCAUAAUGUGGAAUUUCUUCGGUUGGAAAGGGUCAUCUAUUGUGUGAGUCCUGUGUUUUUUAAUUUAACUCAGCUGGAGUUUGUCUUCGGAGGAAGUACUGACUGGAAAUUUAUAUUCGAAGUAAUGAAGAAUUGCCCCAAGCUUCAAAUUUUAGUCGUUGAAAUGCCUUUAACCCGAUAUCGUUACCGUGUUUCCUGGUUUCCAGAUAAUUUGCCUGAAUGCCUAUCUUUGCAGUUUAAAAGCUGUACUGUUAACAAUUAUAGAGGGCUGAAACAUGAAUUGAAAUUUUUACGGUAUAUUUUGGGAAUUUCAACAUCUUUGGAGAGCAUGAGAAUCAGCAGUUUACCUUCCUUGGAGACCUUGGAAAAGCUGGAAUUAAUGUUGAAAGAAUUAAUUGCAUUGCCAAGGAGUUCUUCUACAUGUAAAGUUUUUUUGAAUGAUGAUUGUUUUGCUUGA